AUGAACGUCGGCAAAAAGGUCGAUCGCUUUCGCCAGUUUGCCCGGGAGAAGAUGGGCGGCGAUGUCGCGACCAGCACCACCGAUGAGUUCAAGGCAUUGGAGAUGGAGAUGGAUCUCCGGCACCAGGGAAUGGAGAGUCUGCAUCAAUCCACAAGCACCUACAUCAAGUCGCUGUCCAAGCGCGAUCACGGCGAGAAGCAGGAGAAGCAGAUCGCCGUCGGCCACUUUGGCACCACUCUCGUCAGCCACGGUAACGACUUCGAGCCGGACUCGGACUUUGGCUCAUGCCUUCUCGCCAUGGGUCGUGCGAACGAGCGCAUUGCCCGCUUGCAGGAGACCUACUGCGCCAAUGCGACUAGCAGCUGGCUGGAGAGCUGCGAACGCUCGCUCAUCCAGAUGAAGGAGUACCAGAGUGCGCGCAAGAAGCUGGAGAGUAGACGCCUGGCCUUCGACACGGCCAGCACGAAAAUGCAGAAGAGCAAGAAGGAGGACUACAAGGCGGAGGAGGAACUGCGCAACCAGAAGCAAAAGUACGCCGAGAGUCAGGAGGAGGUGGAGAGGCGGAUGUUCGACAUCAAAGAGGCCGAGGCAGACAGCGUGGCGGAUUUGACGAGCUUCUUGGACGCCGAAUUGGUCUACUAUGAGCGGUGCAGGGAGAUCCUGCUGCAAUUGAAGAAGGACUGGCCGGCU